AUGCCAACAAUUUCUGUACAUGAAGACGAUUUAGUGGAAAAGUUAGGAAAGAAAUAUAAUGACGAAGAAUUGACAAAUAUAUGUUUUGAUUUUGGGUUAGAAAUUGAUGAUGUUGAAAUAAAAAAUGGAAAAAAAAUAUAUAAAAUCGAAGUACCUGCAAAUAGGUAUGAUCUAGUAUGUGCUGAAGGAUUAUGUAGGUCUCUAAAGAGUUUCAUAGGAAUACAUGAAGAUAUAAAAUAUAAUAUAAUUAAAGAUAUUGGAGAUAAUAAUAGUAGCAAUAACAAAGUUAAUGAGAAGCAUCUGUUAGAAGUUGAAUCAUCAGUAGACAAAAAACGAGGAUAUGUUGUAUCAUGUGUUUUGAAAAAUAUAAAAAUGAAUGAUCAGAUUUAUAAUAAUAUUAUAGAAUUACAAGAAAAGCUACAUCAUAAUAUUGGAAAAAAGAGAACAGUACUAGCUAUUGGUAUACAUGAUUAUGAUAAAAUAAAGUUUCCUGUUAAAUAUAAAUUUGAAGAAAAAAAAAAAAUAAAUUUUAUUCCAUUAAAUGAAAAUAAGAAUUUAAAUGGGUGUGAUUUAUUUAAAUUUUAUGAUGAUAAUAUAAAUUUAAAACCAUAUUUAAAAAUUUUAAAAGAUUUUGACAAAUAUCCAUUAAUAGUAGAUUCAGAAAAUAAUAUUCUUUCAUUACCUCCAAUAAUAAAUUGUGAUUAUACAAAAAUUACAUUAAAUACAAAAAAUAUAUUUGUUGAAUGUACAGGUAUAGAUUUAAAUAAGUUGGAAAUAUGUUUAAACAUAAUUAGUUCUAUGCUAUCCGAAUAUUCUCAACCUAAAUAUACAAUUCAUUCGGUUUUAGUAUCAUAUAAUGAAAAUCAUGAGCUUGAAAAAGGAAAUAAGCAUUUAUAUCCAAAUUUUAAAAAUAAAAAAUUAACAUGUGAUAUAGAAUAUGUUCGUAAACUAUCUGGAAUAGUAGAUAUAACUAUAGAGGAUAUAAAAAGAUUAUUAAAAAAAAUGAUGAUUCCUGUAACUAAUGUAAUAAAUAAUACAACAUUUGAAGUAGAUGUUCCAUUUUAUAGAUCAGAUAUUAUGCAUGCAUGUGAUAUUGUUGAAGAUAUAGCAAUAGCUUAUGGGUAUGGUAACAUUAAACAUGAACCUAUAGAAAUAUCUAAAAAACAUUUAUUAAAUACAGUUUCUGAUAUGUUUAGAAAUUCAAUGACAGAAUGUGGUUAUAUUGAGGUGUUAACAAAUGCUUUAUUAUCUAUGAAAGAGAAUUAUGAUUAUAUGUUUAGAAAGCAUAUAGAUUAUGAUACAACAAUUGAUAAUAAACUUGUAGAUAGUUAUAAUCCUUUAUAUCCUCCUGUACAAAUUAUGAACUCUAAAACGUCUGAAUAUGAAAUAAUUAGAACUUCUUUAAUUGUAAACUUAUUAAAAUUUGUAGCAGCAAAUAAACAUAGAGAAUUACCUUUACGAUUUUUUGAAAUUGGGGAUAUAUCUUAUACUAUAUAUAAUAAAACAGAUACAAAUGCAUUUAAUAAAAGAAAUUUAUCUAUAAUUUUUGCUGAUAAAGUAACAGCUGGGUUAGAAGAAAUUCAUGGUGUUUUAGAAUCCAUUUUGAAAGAUUUUCAGUUAUUUAGUCACUAUAAAAUUGAUGAAAAACGAAAAGAAAAUAUUCAUAUUCGAUCUGACGUAUACUAUGAGCUAGUUUCAAUAAAUGAUCCUUCAUUCCUUGACGAGCGUGUUGUUAAUAUUGUUUUGCGACCUCAGAAUUUGAUCGUCGGAAUUAUGGGGAUAAUACAUCCUAACGUUUUAGAAAAUUUUUCGAUAAACAUUCCAGUAUCUGCAAUUGAGAUAAACUUAGAUGCACUUCUUAGCGUUUUGUUUGUUUAA